UAGUGCCACGUUCGACGCCUAUCGAUCGACAUCAUCUCAUAGAUAAAGCCGCAUGAAGAGCGAAACAUAUAAAGUCGAGCGUCGUAGCGCAAUAAGCAAUCACAGCAGAACCAUUUCCAGCUCGCGACACCAGCAUCAGAGACGCAGAAACGACUUGCGAGUCAACUACUCUUCGUCACAACCGUAGCAAGACCAAAAACAACUCAUCAUGCCACCCUCCAAAUGGUCCGCCAUAAACGGAGCCUCACAACCAAAAGAAGAUCCAACAACUGAGUCUUUCACCAUAACCGCUCCCCCAAAGACCGACAUCUGGCGCCGCUCCGACACAGACGACGUCUUCAACGCCCCCACUCUGUACCAAACCCUCUCAGCCGAAACUUUCAAAUCCAUCUCCGUAACAGUCUAUGCACCCUGGCACAUGCAAUACGACCAAGGCGGUCUGAUUCUCGCUUUUCCAUCUUCUGCGACUCCCAAAGCCACAGAAAAUGAGAUCAAGAAAGCUGAAGAUGAAGAGCCACAGAACCCUGUCCGCCCGAGUAAAUGGGUCAAAGCCGGGAUUGAGUUCUUCGAAUUGAGUUCUGUGUUGGGGAUUGUCGGGACGGAUAGGUUUAGUGAUUGGUCUUUGGCGCCGAUGAGUCAGGAAUAUCAUCAGAAGGCGAGGUUUAAGAUUGAGAAGAAGGAGAAGACGUUGUGGGUGUAUGCGAGACAGGAAGGGGAGGAGAAGUUGAAGCCCAUGAGAGAGAUCAAGUGGGCAUUUAUGGAGGGUCGAGAUGAAGAAGAUAUUUGGGUCGGAGUUUAUGCGGCAAAGCCUACGCCAGAAGAAGGCGAGGAUGAUGAGAAGGGGAUCGAGGUCAGCUUUUCUGAUCUGGAGCUUGAGUUGGAAGACGAGUCGUGA